AUGCCUCUAUUGCAGUUGCACCUGCUUAGCCCGAUUGAUCAAUCUAUACUCUGUAAAGAGAUGAUUGUGCUCUGUCCGGAGCCGGAGCCGGAGCCCGACACGGACAAUAGCUCCGACGAUGACAUAGACCCAAGGUUUGCGGUGUGGCGCGAGGCCUACUACGCCGAUGCGGAAGCUGAGGCGGCAGAGGAGGUGGCACAGUGGGGUGAGCAGCUGCAGGCACCCCCCGACCCGGAGCAGGCGGCGAUCCUGACGUCGUUGAACGCGGAGCGGUUCCGGACGUUGAAGGAGGAGCAGCGGGAGUUCAUCAACGACGCUAAUCUCGAGCACGCCCUCGAGAUCUCGCGCCAGCGAGCGGCCACGGAGGAGUCCCACGGCUUGGGCACAGAUCAGUCGGUGUGGAGCCGGGUGCUGCCGUACCUCACCCGCGACCACCGCGUGGUGCUCUACGACCUGGCCUGCGCCGGCAGCGUCAACCCGGACCACUUCGACUUCGGCCGCUACAACGGGCUGGACGCCUACGUGGACGACCUGCUCUUCAUCCUGGACACGCUUAGCAUCAAGCGCUGCGCCCUGGUGGGCCACUCCGUCCCCGGCAUGAUCGGCAUCGUCGCCUCCAUCCGCCGCCCCGAGCUCUUCGCCAAGCUCGUCCUCAUCGGCUGCUCGCCAUGUUUCCAGAACGACGGUGAUUACCACGGCGGGUUCGAGGUGGAGGAGGUCCAGGAGGUGUUCGACGCGAUGUCGGCGAACUACAUGGCGUGGGCAACGGGGUACGCGCCGCUGGCGGUGGGCGCGGAUGUGCCGGAGGCGGUGCAGGAGUUCAGCCGCACGCUCUUCAACGUACGCCCCGACAUCUCCCUGCACGUCUGCCGGAGCGUGUUCAAGACCGACCUCCGCGGCGUGCUCGGCAUGGUGAAGGCGCCGUGCGUCGUCGUGCAGACGGCCCGCGACAUCUCCAUCCCGGCCAUCGUCGCCGCCUACCUCAAGGCCCAUCUCGGCGGCCACACCACCGUCGAGCUCCUGCCCACCGAGGGGCACCUGCCCCACCUCACCGCCCCCAGCCUCCUCGCCCCGGUGCUCCGCCGCGCGCUCGCUCGCCAUUAA